AAUGAAAUCCCUGACCUUCACGAGAAAAAUAUUUGGUUCAUCCUCCAAUGGGGACACACCCCGUGCUGCACCAUAAAUACCCUUUAAUCCUACUUCACUCACCUUGCUUCCUUCUCUCCACACUCUUCGCCUCUUUCCCGCCAACCUCUCUAACAACAUCUUCUCUCUCUCUCUUCCUUACCCUUUGGAAUAACCACCCAAAACCUCCCUCUUUCCUUUUUCACUCUUCCUUCAUGCAAUUAAAACCAUCACCUUUUCCCUUUCUUCAUUCUCUUUCUUAACAUGAGUGACACAAACCAACCUUUCAUGUCCCUCCAACCAACCAUGAAUCUCUCUCACCCCUUCAACCCACCAACCUCAAGCUCUAAUUUUUACACCCACCCACCAUGCAAACCCCCCAAAAACCCCCAACCACCGCACAAGAAGCUCCUCCGGGUCAUCCUCACCGACCACGACGCCACCGACUCCGAAUCCUCCGGCGACGACGACGGCCCCAAAAGCCCAUCUAAACACAAAAAAGUGAAAAGAGAAAUCACCCACAUCACUAUAAACUUUCCCUUUAUCCCGGAACCCCCAACGAUAACCCCUUCUUUUUCCACCAACCCCACCCCUUUAACCCAACCCGAGAAGCGGCCCGCCGCCCCUCGCCGCCGGAACAAGUUCCGAGGUGUCCGGCAGAGACCAUGGGGACGAUGGACCGCCGAGAUCCGCGACCCGACCCAAAGAAAACGGGUCUGGCUCGGUACCUUCGACACGGCGGAGGAAGCCGCCGCCGUGUACGACGAGGCCGCCGUGAAGCUCAAGGGGCCUGACGCCGUCACCAACUUCCCCGUCGCCGCUAACGGAAAAAGAGAACUCCACGUUUCACCCCCGGAGGCGGCCUGUUCCGGCGACGGUUUCGCGUCGCCGACGUCUGUCCUCACAUACUGCGACGGAGACUCCUCGCCGUUCGACGGUUUCCGUUACGGCGAGGUCGAUGCAUUCGGGUUUGACAUCGACGCGCCGUUUAGUCUGACGGAUGUUAACAUGAGCGUGCUGAAUCAGCGCUACGCGAAGGAAGAGUUCGGCGAGUUUGACCCGGACGAGUUCCUGACGUGGCCAAAUUAAGAGUCAUUUCCUCCUUUCGCGAAAAACUCAGGGACUGUUUAGUAAUUGUACUAAGUUUUUGUCGUAUUCGGUUUUGUAUUUCGUAGAAUUCCGAAAGUACCCUCGGGACUAAGUUUUUGUGCAGCUUAGAAGAGAGUGAAGAGUGCUAGAGCUAUAGAAGUGAGCAUUUUGGUAAAUCUAAUUAGAGAAUUUUGUCCUAUGCUAAUUUGUGUAAUUAAUUCCAAUCUCAUGAAAAA